UGAAAACUGGACAAGACUGGUAUGGCGGAGACAAGCACCGUCACGAUUUUACAUGUCACUUGAACCUCUCGAGUGCGCGCAUCUCCGUUUGUUACUGCUUGUUACCGCUACGUGCUAAUCUUGUCGGCGAUCGCAAGGCACCAGAAAACUGAUUUAACAAAUAAGAUCGUGCAUAAAGAAUAAAGAUCUGCGUGAAAGAAGAAAGACUCCGAGAUGCAACCUCAAAUAAUUCUGCUGAAGGAAGGAACAGACGCGUCUCAGGGAAAGCAACAAGUGAUAUCCAACAUAAAUGCAUGCCAGAUUGUUGUGGAUGCCGUCAGGACUACUUUGGGUCCUCGUGGCAUGGACAAGCUCAUAGUCGAUCAAAAUGGAAAGGGUACCAUCUCCAAUGAUGGCGCCACUAUUUUAAAAUUGUUAGAUAUCAUUCAUCCUGCUGCAAAGACUCUAGUAGAUAUUGCAAAGUCACAAGAUGCAGAGGUUGGAGAUGGCACGACUAGUGUGGUUUUGUUAGCUGGAGAGUUCUUGAAACAGAUGAAACCAUUUAUAGAGGAGGGUGUACACUCUCGUAUAAUUAUCAAGGCCCUGCGUCGCGCGCUUCAGAUAGCCAAAGACAAAAUUAACGAGCUGAGCGUCAAGAUUAAGAGCGACGUAGUUAAGAGCGACAUGAGCAAACAGAUUGAGCUCUUGGAAGAAUGCGCGGCCACAUCCAUGAGUUCGAAAUUGAUACAUCAACAAAAGAAACAUUUCAGUGAAUUGGUCGUCAAGGCUGUCAUGAUGCUAGAUGAAUUACUUCCUCUUAACAUGAUUGGCAUUAAAAAGGUUUCUGGAGGCGCAUUGGAGGAUUCAGAGCUGAUCCAAGGAGUGGCUUUCAAAAAGACCUUCUCGUAUGCCGGAUUCGAGAUGCAACCGAAAAAGUAUGAGCAGUGCAAGAUUGCGUUGCUAAAUAUCGAGCUGGAAUUGAAGGCCGAACGGGACAACGCGGAGGUGCGCGUGGACAAUGUAGCAGAGUAUCAGAAGAUCGUCGACGCGGAAUGGCAGAUUCUCUACGACAAACUCGAUCAAAUUCACAAGAGCGGCGCGAAAGUGGUGCUAUCCUCGUUGCCAAUUGGCGAUGUCGCGACGCAGUAUUUUGCGGACAGGGACAUGUUCUGCGCUGGUAGAGUACCCGAAGAGGAUCUCAAGCGAACGAUGAAGGCGUGCGGCGGUGUAGUUUUAACGACGGUGCACGACAUCAAGGACUCUGAUCUCGGAAGAUGCGAGAUCUUUGAGGAGAAGCAGAUUGGUGGCGAGAGAUAUAACAUCUUCUACGAGUGUUCGCGAGCAAAGACGUGCACGUUUAUUCUUCGUGGAGGCGCGGAGCAAUUCCUAGAAGAGACGGAGCGAUCGCUACAUGACGCGAUCAUGGUUGUCAGACGCAUGGUGAAGAAUGACGCAGUGGUCGGUGGCGGUGGUGCCAUCGAAAUGGAACUGUCGAAAACCCUGCGCGAUUACUCGCGUACCAUUGCUGGAAAGGAACAGCUCUUGAUAGGAGCGAUAGCGAGAGCUCUCGAAAUUAUUCCUAGACAACUGUGCGACAACGCUGGAUUUGACGCGACAAAUAUUCUGAACAAAUUACGCCAGAAGCAUCAUAAAGGCUUAGAGUGGUACGGCGUCGAUAUAAAUUCGGAGGAUAUCGCGGACAACAUGCAGUGCUGCGUCUGGGAGCCGGUGGUAGUGAAGAUCAACGCGCUGACCGCCGCCACAGAGGCCGCCUGCCUCAUCCUCUCUGUUGAUGAAACUAUCAGAAACCCCAAAAGCAAUCAGGACGCCGCGCCGAUGGGACGUGGCAUGGGCAGGCCGAUGUAAUCUACCUGUCCGUGUCUUGAUUUCAUCGAAACUAACACAAGAGAACACUAUGAAACAUAAUUGAAUGAUAGCAUAGCUUGUAAAUGCGAGCGCUGUGUCGCAUCUUCGCAGCCUUGUCUCUUAUCAUCUUUUGUACAUGCUAAUAUUUAUAACGAUUCACAAUGAUUUUCUUUAAAAUAAAAGCUUAUUGUUCCUUAGAUGUGUAAAA